AUGCCUGAGAAAGGCGACUUGAAUGCCGAAAUUAAACUAUGGAAUGAACGCAUAGAGAAGGAGAACAAAGUGAAUGCCAAAAUAAGAGAGGCGCCCUUCUCCCUGGCCCGUUUGCCAGAUAGCAUUACUGCUAAGCCCAAUGAGGAGAAUCUCGGCAGUCAACACCGGAGUGCUUCGAUGUUCGACAUUCUUGAAAAUCUCAGGAAAUCAUCAACGGAUCCUCGAGACAAGUUUCUACUGCCACAAACGGCAUCCCAAGACUUCGGUUGGCUGCUCAGUGAUUCGAGGGUGAGCCGACGAAGCAAGAAGUCUCAUCCUACCACCGUUACUACGGUUAGUUAG